GUUUCUGUGUGUUGGCCCUGUGAUGGAUUGGCGAUCUGUCCUUUUGUCCUAUGUCAGCAGGGAUUGGCUCCAGCUCCCCUGCGACCCUCAUAUGGAGAAGUCAGAUGAAAGAAAAAUUCCUCCUCAAAGACAAACAUCAUAGCUCACUUGGUUGUUGGCUGUGGCAACAACUCAGUCAGAGAGGAGACUCUGAACCGCUUGGAAAACGCUGUGGUAAACACAGUAUGGCUGUAACUGGGGAUGAGACAGAAACAGCUCCUGAAGAUGACCAGCGACAAAAUCCCAGCUCCAGUAUUCCACAUGGGGUGGGCGACAAUAACGUCUCUCACUACUCAAUAGCCUUAUCAGAACUACGAAAGAGAAAAGUUUGCUCGAUAAAGAAAAGGAUUUUUGCCCAGACAUGUCAACGAAUAAAGAAGGAAUAUGUGAAAAAGUUGGAAGAACGCGUGGCCAUAUUAAGACAUCAAAACAGGAUUCUCACUAAGGAGCUCAGAGCCUUGAGAAAAAAGCAAAAAGAUGCGAAAAAUAACACAAUGGCUACAUUAAAGUGUGACAACAAGAUGGCAAGGAAUGGUUGGAAUAUGGACCUAGAGACAUCCUUUUAGAAAGCUUUGCAGACUCACCCGGGGAGUAGUGAAAGUGUGAUGUCAUCGCCCGCCUCCUCAGCGGAAAAAGCCAAAAUGAAUCCACAAGUUUCACAAUUAAACAUUAACUCUGUUUCUUUUGUUCAGUUUUAAAUGAAACACACCUGCAUGUGUUUAGAGGUGUAUACAUGAUAUGUGCUGUUUAAAUGUGACUUUGCUUUUAGUUAUUUAUUUAGAUUUUACUUUUGAAUUUUUUCUACUGCUGUCUCUUUAUUAUGAAGAAAAAAUAUAUUUGCCUCAAUAAAUAAUGUUUUCCCAUGUGUGAGUAUACCUUAAAUUAAGACCUACAUAAUAUAAUUAUAGUUCAGUAAGUUAAGUUAACCAGGGACCAUUUUUUUGUAAUGCAAGUCAAAACAAAGUGAUUCCAUUUGUUCUUAAUCUGAGCCAGAGAGACAAAAGAAAGAAAGAUAACAAAGCAAGUAUGUGUGUUGAUUGCUUGGCGUGUCACUGACAAAGCAAAGUAAUCUUUCCUGGCAGAAGGCUGUAUGCAAGUUCCCUGCUCUGUCGCUCUCAAGCUGUUUUCUGGGAGGAAAACAAUG